UUCGUUAAUUAUUCUCCGAUGUAUGAAUACUUUAUUUUCAGAUAUAUUUUCGUUCCAAAACGUGAGAGCAAAUAUAAGUAAAUUAAGAUGGCCGAGAACCCGCUAGAGCAGUUUGUCUUGCUAGCCAAGACUGCUAAAGGGGCAGCAGCAGUUGAGUUGAUCAAACAAGCCUUAGAGGCUCCAGGAGUAUACGUAUUCGGAGAGCUUCUGGACAUGCCAAAUAUUCAGGAUCUGGAAAAGAAUCCAACAACUCAACCCGUCUAUAAACUGCUUCAGUUGUUCGCGUUUGGAACCUACAAGGAAUACGUCAAUAUGGAGGUGGGACAGCUUCCUGAGUUGGGAACUGCUCCGUUGAGGAAGCUUCGCAUGCUUUCUGUAGCUACGUUGGCAGAAUCAGAGAAGCUUCUUCCUUACUCUACUCUGCAGAAUGAACUUGGACUAGAGAGUGUACGAGAUGUUGAGGAUUUAAUUAUUGAGGGAAUAGCGUGUGGUGUUAUGAGCGGAAAGCUUGAUCAGAAACUCAAACAUUUUGAAGUCGAGUUCGUCAUUGGAAGAGAUAUAAGACAGUCUGAUUUCCCGAGUAUAAUCUCAAUCUUAUCGUCCUGGUGUGAAACUUGUGACUCCAUGCUAUCCAGUAUUGAAACCCAGGCUGAACGGCUAAAUGAUGACAAAGCAACUAAGAUCCGACAAAAGCAAGAGUUGGAGUCGGCUAUGUCGGAUCUGAAAACUUUGUUCAAAAAUUCCAGUGCAGAUGGAGAGGAUCCAGAUUCAAGGUUGGACAGGGGAAGGGAUUCAGGGGCUAACGCUGAUAGGGGGGGGGGGCAUGGGGGCUCAGCUUCCCCCCGGACCAGUCAAAUCAGUGGUGUCCAGAGAAAUAAAUAAAAUUUUAUUUGGGAA